GUUCAAACGAGUUCAACAUGAUUCGAUUAAGCUUCAUAGUUUUGGGAGCCUGGCUCAGCUGUGUCAAUGGCACAGGUACCCAUAACAGCGGAUAACAAUCAACUAAUUUAUCAACCUGUCUAUAAUCCGUGGACAUGUCCCACAUGCUGUCAAAGGCCUUCAUGCCAGUCAUGUCUACAGACGGGCAGAUCUGGAUGUAACUGCGCUCGGGGAUGCAUGCCAAGAACGAAUUGUCAAUGUAAGUGUUUGAUGCCAUGUCGUAAUAUGAAAAGUGACCCUCCGUUAUUAAAUGUUGACAAACUGCCUGAUGUAACUGAUGGAUCGAAUAUGAAUAACAACGGAGCCAACUUCGCCGAAGAAGAUGAGACAACUCCUGAUCAUUCUAUCAAUAUUCAUAAGUCGUCUGUCAGAAAUGGUGAACUGAAUCCAAAUGUCAACAUUACUAAUCCUUCUGAGAAAAGACAACCGGACAAUAAGGACAUCAGAACCGGUAACUCUUCCAGUGAGAUGAAGCCAAUGGUAACCAAUCUCGCCGAAGACGAUCAAACAACUAAUGGUCAUCCUCUCACUAUUGAUAAGUCGUCUCCCAGAAAUGGCAAACCGAAUACGAAUACCAAUAUUACUAAUCCUUCUGAAGGCGGACAAACAAUUACUCCUCAACCCCUUACUACUUAUGAGUUGCCUGGCAAAAUAGUUUCGUCGAAUCCGGAUAUCAGAACCGAUAACUCUUCCGCUAAAAUGAAACCAAUAGCAACCAACUUCGCCGAAGACGUUCAAACGACUACUGGUCAUCCUCCCAUUAUUGAUGAAUCGUCUGUCACAAAUUCCAAACCCAAUGCGAAUGUCGACAUUACUAACCCUCCUGAGACAGAACAAACUAGAACUACUCAUCAGCCUGUAACUCCUUAUGAGUUGCCUGACAAAAUUUCUCUGCCAACGGAUGUCAGCGCCGGUAACUCUUCCACUACAGAGAUGAAGCCAGUAACAACUGAUCAACUUUUCGUCACCGUGAAGCCGUCCAGCGGAAAUGGUAAAUGGAAUAUGUCUCUCAAAGUACUUGCCUCUAUCAAUGGGGAAAAGCCAGUAGAACUUGGCCAUGAGACGGUGCUAAACGUCUUAUCUUGUUAUCAGCCAUGCGUGAAGCCUAAUUGUAGCUGUGCACAGGGUUACGUAAAUACCAAGUGCGUCCUCCCAAGGCCAUGCCCUAAUUUGAAAAGUGCUGAUCAGAGUUCCCGUCAGAGUUCGACCGUCACAACUAGUCAAUCUCUUGUAAAUGACGCAAGGGACGAUUCUUUCAUGGAUGGACAGGAAAUUAAUAUUCCAGAAGAUGCACUCGAUAUCGAGGCCCACACAAAUAAUUCACUUGGGGAUGGAAACCAAAUGUCAUAUAACCAUACUGGUGGAUCCACUAUCAAGGUCUCCAUAACUGUGUCUGAGGCACCCGUCAUCGAGGUCUCCAACAGGCAAACUGAGGCACCCGCCCUCGAGGUCUCCAAAAGCAAAUCCUCUGAGAAUGGAAACAAAGGUUUAGAUAACAAUGCUAGUGGAUCCCCUAUCCAGAACAGCAAAAUCAUGCCUUCUGUGGGUACAAACGAAACGUAUCAUACCGAAGGCAAUGGAACAGUUGUCGAGGUCAACAAUACGGUAUUUUUUGGAAGUGAUAACCAAAGACCUAACGCUAAAACUGACGGAACCCCUAUCGAAGGCAGCAGUACCGUACCUCCUAUGAGUGAAAUCCAAACGCCAUCGACCAAUACUGGUUCCUCCUCGACCACGGUCUUUCCAACUGUGGCGCCCGUCCUCGAGGUCUCCAAAAGCAAAUCCUCUGGGGAUGGAAACGAAACGUUAGAUAAUAAUGCUAGUGCAUCCGCUAUCCAGAACAGCAAAAUUAUGCCUUCGGUGGGUACAAACGAAACGUAUCAUACCGAAGGCAAUGGAACAGUUGUCGGGGUCAACAAUACCAUAUUUUUUGGAAGUGAUAACCAAAGACCUAACGCUAAAACUGACGGAACCCCUAUCGAAGGCAGCAGUACCGUACCUCCUAUAAGUGAAAACCAAAUGUCAUCAACCAACACUGGUUCCUCCUCUACCACGGUCUCUCCAACUGUGGCGCCCGUCCUCGAGGUCUCCAAAAGCAAAUCCUCUGGGGAUGGAAACGAAACGUUAGAUAAUAAUGCUAGUGCAUCCGCUAUCCAGAACAGCAAAAUCAUGCCUUCUGUGGGUACAAACGAAACGUAUCAUACCGAAGGCAAUGGAACAGUUGUCGAGGUCAACAAUACCGUAUUUUUUGGAAGUGAUAACCAAAGACCUAACGCUAAAACUGACGGAACCCCUAUCGAAGGCAGCAGUACCGUACCUCCUAUGAGUGAAAGCCAAACGUCAUUGACCAACACUGGUUCCUCCUCUACCACGGUCUCUCCAAGUGUGGCGCCCGUCCUCGAGGUCUCCAAAAGCAAAUCCUUUGGGGAUGGAAACGAAACGUUAGAUCAUAAUGCUAGUGGAUCUCCUAUCCAGAACAGCAAAAUCAUGCCUUCUGUGCGUACAAACGAAACGUAUCAUACCGAAUCAUCACCGAAUCGUACGGUACUAUCCGUAUCAUCCCAUAUCAUUGAACCCCAUAUCGCGGCCAACAGUACCGUAUUUGCUACGGGUGAUAACCAAACGCUGUAUAUGAACGAUGAUCCCGACACUAUGGAUCCCCUUCCAAUUGUUAUGACUACGAGUACGAACGUAUCGCCUCCGACGAAAACUGAGGCAGCCGCCGUCGAGGACUCUAAAAGCGAGUCCUCUGAGGAUGGAAUCCAAGUGUCUCAUGCCAAUCCCGUCUCUGGUGCGAAGGCACACUCAUUGCUUCGUGCUGCAGUUAUCCCGCAAAACAGUUAUUUCAACGAGGGAGAAUCAAAACAAUCUACGCAACCCCGGCGACGUAAUAUAUUCGAAUUCAAUAAACAUUACUUGAGUCAACUGAAGAGGUUCGUUCAAAGAGACGGCGAGUCAAUUUUCACUUGAAAUUUCUAUAAUGAAUACAUCUAGGAAACAAUCAAGGAAUUCCACAGUUUUAUCUCAUUCAAAUGUAUCAUUUCUCUAAUGCACAUCCACCUAAUUUAUUAUUACGAAACCAACUCAUCAACGAAUUUUCUCAAACUGGUGCUUUGAGCGAAUCUCUCGAACUGUAAAUCAUAUAGAUCUUGUAUUUACAAAAUA